UAACGGUGGACCACACCAAAAAAAUUUAAUGAGCGAUGUGAGAGGGCCAAACCCUUUUCAUCUCAGUACUAAACCCUUCUCUCUCUCUCUCUCUCUCACCCAUACCCACGGCGGCUGAAGACUCCCUCUUCCAUGGCUGAAACCCAUUUUUUCCACUACCAUCUUCCACUCUCUUCUCAAAUCAAUGCCAUGGCGACGUUCAUGCCAGCCCUGAGAAGCUUUUCAAGCAUGGGAACAAUACGAGAUGCGGGACCUAAAAUGCAAACGAUCUUGGUCUUUGGGAUACAACCAUCGUUUGGGAGCUCCUUCAAUAUUCCAUCUAUGUCUAUGUUCGCCAUUUCUCUUUUAUUUCAGAUCAGAAGAUCACAAAAGACUAUUACAAAUUAGUUUAGGAGAAACUAAGAAAGAGAAGAAAUAGAAACAGAGGUUUACUUACCUGCUUAGCUCAGCUCGUGCGGUAUCCGGAUGAUGGAUAUGAUCGCAUCUGGAACCGUUUACUAUUUGACGAAUGGAUUCCAAUUUCCACAAGUUCAACUGUUUACUCCCUGAGCACUGAUAACGCUUAUAACAUACCAGAUGUAGUGUUGAGGACUGCUGCCAAAUCACAAAACUCUACCACUCCAUUGAGCUUGCACUUCAGUCCACCAGAUUCUCUUUCACAAUGUUAUGUUUACUUUCACUUUGCUGAGAUUGAGAAGCUUGAAAAUGGCCAGCAGAGGGAAUUGACAAUUUUGUUGAAUGGUGAGAGGUAUCUGACAGAAUCUGUUACACUUGAUUAUCUAAACUCACGGACCAUACUCCCGACUGAGCUGGCAAUUAUGGGAGAACAGCUUGAAUUUUCAAUAACUGCAGCUGAGGGAAGUAAGUUUCCUCCAAUCCUCAAUGCUGUAGAGAUUUUUGUGUCAAAGGAGCUCCCAAAUAAAACAACUGCCAUACAAGAUGUUGAAGCCAUCAUGGAAAUCAAGAAACUGUACAAGUUGACUAGAAACUGGCAAGGCGAUCCAUGUGUCCCGAGGGAAUACUCAUGGGAUGGUUUGCACUGCAGUUACAUCUAUACUAUUCCAAGUAUUAUAUCAGUGAACUUGAGCUCAAGCAAUUUGACUGGGAAGAUUGCAACUUCAUUCUUGAAUCUCAAAACAAUAGAGUCCUUGGAUUUGUCAUACAAUGACUUAACUGGGCCACUGCCAGAAUUUUUGGCACAACUGCCAAAUUUGUACACUCUUGAUUUGCAUGGGAACAAGUUCACAGGUUCAAUUCCUGAGGAUCUUCUGCAGAAGUCUAGGGAUGGGACGUUGGUGUUGAGUGUGAACGAAAAUCCAGAUCCUUGUCAGUCAGUUGCAUGCAAGAGAGGGAAGAAAAAGGAGUUUGUUAUUCCAGUUGUUGCAUCGUCCACAGCAGCAGUCCUGCUCCUUCUGUUCAUCUUUAGUCGUCUGGCUAUCUAUAAACAGAAAAGAAAUGGAGGUAUGGUUACCAAAUCCAAUAUCAGAUCAAAGAAUCAACGGUAUAGCUACUCUGAGGUUGUGAGCAUUACUAAUAACUUCGAAACCAUCAUUGGAGGAGGAGGAUUUGGUAAAGUGUACCUUGGUAAACUGAAAGAUGAAGUUCAAGUAGCUGUUAAGUUGCUCUCUCCUUCAUCAAACCAAGGCUAUAAGGAAUUUCAAGCUGAGGCACAACUCUUGAUGAUUGUUCAUCAUAGAAACUUGGUUUCUCUUGUUGGAUACUGUGACGAGGAUGACCAGAAGGCUCUCAUAUAUGAGUAUAUGGAAAAUGGCAAUUUGCACCAGCAUUUAUCAGUGAAAAACACAUAUGCGAUGACUUGGAAUGAGAGACUUAAUAUUGCAGUGGAUUCAGCAAAUGGGUUAGAGUAUCUUCAUAAUGGUUGCAAGCCGCCUAUAAUUCAUAGAGAUUUGAAAACUUCCAACAUUUUAUUGACUGGACAUAUGCAAGCCAAGAUAGCUGAUUUUGGGUUGUCUAGAAUCUUUGCAACUGAAAGUGACUCUCACGUGUCCACUUGCCCAGCUGGCACAUUAGGAUACCUUGAUCCAGAAUAUCAAGCAUCGGGAAACUUUAGGAAAAAAAGUGAUGUCUAUAGUUUCGGUAUUGUUUUGUUUGAACUAAUCACUGGUCAGCCUGCAAUAAUGAGAGGACUUGAGAAAAACACUCACAUACUUGACUGGAUUUAUCCAAUAAUUGAAAGUGGGGAUAUUCAAAGUGUUGUUGAUCCAAGGUUACAAGGAAAAUUCCACACCAAUUCUGCCUGGAAAGCUGUGGAGAUUGCCUUGUCUUGCAUACCACCAAUUGCAAGCCAAAGGCCAGACAUCAGUCAAGUAUUAGCAGAACUAAAAGAAUGUUUGGCUUUGGAGAUGACUAAUGCAAGCAUGGCAACUGAGCGUAAUAUGGCACCUUCAAGCAUUCCACUUGAAACAUCCUACUUAGAGCUUGAAUCAGAUAUUGCUGCCCUUGCUAGGUAGUUGUUAAACAAAAUUUUUGUGGUCAAGUUUUCCUUCCAUGCGAUAUGCUCAUAUGAGAAAUUUUUAGAAUUACAUUGGUAGUUCAAGAAUUUCUUUUAUUCAUGUUUAAUGUUUUGUAUCUUUUUCAAUUAAGUACGAAUGAUGUAUUACGAUGUAUUUCUGUUGUUUUUGAUGGGCAUAUCGAUAUAAUGAUGUAAAAUUUUUAUUA